CCCCCACAAUCCCUUCUUCCUCUCUCUCUUCGCUUUCUCUCCCUCUUGAGAGAGAGAAAAAAAUAAUAAAGGGAAACCUUUCUUUAGGAAAAAUUUUAUCGGAAAAGAGUAUAAAGACUUAAGCUUUCUCUCCAUUUAAACACAGACCCUUAAACAGAAGCAUGUCUCAUAUAAUGUUCCAACCACUACCCAAGACCUUAUUGUUAAAACCGAGUCUGCCGCCGCCGGCUCAUCCGUUGUCCGUUAAGCUUAGGAAGAAUCUGACCGUGAGAUGUUCGUCUGCUUCUUUAGACUGUGGAGAAUGCUCUUUGGCUGCUCUCGAGCGCUGUUUCUUGGCGUCACCGGGGCCAGUGGAGUCCGGUUCGGGUGAGGUGGGGCCGGUUAUGAAGGGAGGACAGUACGGUGCGUAUGGUGCGGUUACUUUGGAGAAAGGGAAGCUUGAUUUGUCUCAGAAACAGUCCACGUCUAGCCCUGAGCUUGCAACUGGGGGAGGUGGUGGAGAUAUUGGAAAGAAAAUUAACCAUGGAGGUGGAGAUGGAGGUGAUGAUGAUGGAGAUGAUGAUGAUUACUUUGAUGACUUUGAUGAUGAUGGGGAGGGAGAAGAGGGUGGACUAUUCAGAAGGCGGAUGUUUCUUGAAGAGCUUUUUGAUCGAAAAUUCGUCGAUGCUGUACUGAAUGAGUGGCACAAGACAAUGAUGGACUUGCCUGCUGGCUUACGACAAGCUUAUGAAAUGGGAUUGGUCAGUUCAGCGCAAAUGGUAAAAUUCUUAGCGAUGAAUGCUAGACCAACCACUAGUAGAUUUAUUUCUCGAACACUUCCUCAAGGAAUGUCUAGGGCAUUUAUUGGCAGGAUACUUGCGGAUCCUGCCUUUCUGUACAGGCUUCUUUUAGAGGAGGUUGCUACUAUUGGCUCUUCUGUCUGGUGGGAGUUGAAGAAUCGAAAGGAUAGGAUUAAGCAAGAAUGGGAUCUGGCACUUAUGAAUGUGCUCACACUAGCAGCCUGCAAUGCUCUUGUAGUUUGGUCUCUUGCUCCUUGUCGUUCUUAUGGUAAUACCUUCCGGUUUGACUUGCAAAACACAUUGCAGAAGCUUCCAAACAAUAUAUUCGAACGCAGUUACCCACUUAGAGAAUUUGACUUGCAAAAGAGAAUCCAUUCUCUUUUUUACAAGGCUGCAGAGUUGUGUAUUGUUGGAUUAACUGCUGGAGCAGUGCAAGGUUCUUUGUCAAAUUUCUUGGCCGGUAAAAAGAAGGAAAAGUUAUCUGUGACAAUACCGUCUGUGAGUACUAAUGCACUUAGUUAUGGUGCUUUCCUUGGACUCUAUGCUAACCUUAGAUAUCAGCUUUUGUGUGGGUUCGAUCAAGCAAUGGUCAACCAUUUUGAUGUCAUUGGAGUAGCAUUGUUCUUCAGCACAGCUUUAAGGGUUUUAAAUGUUCAAUUAGGAGAGAGAUCAAGGUUGGCUUGGCUAGGUGUUGAGGCAGAUCCGCUGGUUCAGUCAGAUGACCUCUUGAAGGCUUACAACAGACCGUCUGAUGAUGGGACUAGGUCAUCCUCUGAAUGGUUUAUAUCCAAGAAUGCAUUUGUUUCUGGUCUUGGACUUCUUGGCAUCAGACAAGGAAAUGCCGAUUCUGCUGUCGAUGCUCCAAAGGCCCGGAGAAAGAGGAUUGUCCGGAAGAAGGUAACUGCAAGCUCUGUGUAGAGAGUUGACAUAAUUACCGUUGCCUUCCAAUUUUGCUGCCUGAUGGAGAGAAUCCGAUACAAAAAGACCCUCAACAAGGUGUGGACAUGCUGUGAUUUCUGCGUAGUUCUGACUGCUGGCUAAAGGAUCACCUCAUGGCACCAGCACGUUAACUGUAACAUGAAGAUUAUUUUGGAGGAGAGUUCAUGACUGCUUCUACUUGUUCCGAUUUGAUGUUAAAUAUUUGUUCUAUUCAAUGAAGUGCUACACUUUUAAGUUGAGAGUCACUUUGAUUGCUUUUGCACCCCAAAUAAGUUGGAAGCAAUAUUUUUGGCAGAUACUUGUUCUUAGAUGAACUGUAAUAGAGCACUGUGCAGUUAAUUGUUCAAUAGUUUCUAUAUUUGAGCUAGAGUAGAAGGCAUAAUUAUGGAGUUUCCUCUCCA